ACGCGCGCCCACUGACGUCAGAACGGCAGCGGAGAAGACAGAGCCGGGGAGAUAGCGGGAGGGAUACACCGAGAGCGACGGACUGACGGACAGUGUGAAGCGGCGCUACACCUAGCGGGAUCUACUCCCUGCCGCCCUCCAACCGGUCCUAGGAACAAAACCACCUCCUCCUCCUCUCCCCCUUCCCUUAUCAACCGCCGGGGGAAGAAAAAGGAUCCGGGACCCUUCCACCCCGCUCCCGCCGGACCCGGGACCCCCCGAGCAGUCAUGGGCUGCACCCUGAGCGCGGAGGAGAGAGCUGCGCUGGAGAGAAGCAAACAGAUCGAGAAGAACCUGAAGGAGGAUGGGAUCAGCGCGGCCAAGGAUGUCAAGCUGCUGCUGCUGGGGGCCGGGGAAUCUGGGAAGAGCACCAUUGUGAAGCAGAUGAAAAUUAUCCAUGAAGAUGGCUUCUCAGGUGAAGAUGUCAAGCAGUACAAGCCUGUGGUUUAUAGUAACACUAUCCAAUCCCUGGCCGCCAUUGUUCGUGCCAUGGACACCUUGGGUAUAGAGUACGGUGAUAAAGAGCGAAGGGCUGAUGCCAAGAUGGUCUGUGACGUGGUGAGUCGCAUGGAAGACACAGAACCUUUCUCUCCUGAGCUGCUUUCGGCCAUGAUAAGACUGUGGUCAGAUUCUGGAAUCCAGGAGUGCUUCAACCGAUCCAGGGAAUAUCAACUUAACGACUCCGCUAAAUACUACCUAGACAGCUUAGAUCGGAUUGGAGCACCCGACUAUCAACCUACAGAGCAGGACAUUCUGCGGACCAGAGUGAAGACCACUGGCAUUGUAGAAACCCACUUCACCUUCAAAAACCUUCACUUCAGGCUGUUUGAUGUCGGGGGACAGCGAUCAGAACGGAAGAAGUGGAUCCACUGUUUUGAAGACGUGACAGCGAUCAUUUUUUGUGUGGCCCUGAGUGGUUACGAUCAGGUUCUUCACGAAGAUGAGACCACGAACCGAAUGCACGAAUCUCUAAUGCUCUUCGACUCCAUUUGUAACAACAAGUUCUUCAUUGACACAUCGAUCAUCCUCUUCCUCAACAAGAAGGACCUGUUUGCCGAGAAGAUCAAGAAGUCUCCUCUGACCAUCUGCUUUCCCGAGUAUACAGGUCCCAACACAUAUGACGAUGCAGCCGCUUACAUCCAAGCACAAUUUGAGAGCAAGAACCGCUCACCUAACAAGGAGAUCUACUGCCACAUGACCUGCGCCACAGAUACGAAUAACAUCCAAGUGGUAUUUGACGCCGUCACUGAUAUCAUCAUUGCCAACAACCUCAGAGGCUGCGGCUUGUACUGAUUCCUCUGUAUAGCAAUUUAUCUGCUGGUGAAACGAAAAUAAAUGCAAGCUGGUUAACUGAGAAGGCAACAUGAAAAAUUUAUAUAUAUAAAUAUAUAUAUAUAAAACCAAUGUUUUUAGUUUGUCUUAAAGAGCUGUCAACAGAACGGAUCUCCCAACAGCUCUGCACACCCUAGCCCUCCCCUUUCACCCCCAAAAAAGAAAGUCUGGAUUUGUAAGACUCUCUUUAUUGGCCCCCUUAAAAAAUAAAACCUUUUGGUUCUGAGAGAGCCUAACUUGCAAUUUGAAUUCUCUCCAGAACUGAUAAGGUUUGAAGGAGAUCUUUGGAUUAAGGGAACUUCAUGUAUUUUGAUCCUUUUUGAAGGAUUUGUGUGUUGCUGUAAGGUCACACUCUGCACCUCCAUUAAAUUAAACAAAAUUACAGGUAUAUCCUUUCUGUUCAGCUCUUGGAUAACAAAAUGGCAAAAAUAUCAAAAGAAAAAAAAAAAAAAUCAAGAUUUUCCAAACCAGGUAGAAGUGUUUGUGACACUUGCAGGACAGUGCGGUCAGCUUUUUAUUUUGUGGGUGCUGUAACUGUAUUGAGGGUCUGUGAGGGAUCAGGGAUUGCCCCCACUAGUCUGUAUAAAACGAAGUAGCGGGCCCCUCUUUGUCUUGAAAAGGUUUCAGUGCCAACCCAAACUGCGGAGUAGGGGGGAACAGUCUGCAAUUUUCAAGAGGGGACCAUACCCCCACAGUCCCUCCUUUCUCCGCACUGCUCUACGGACCCUCAAAUUGAUGUUCUGCUGGUAGCAUGACCUUUUGGCCUUUGUAAAAAAACAAAAACAAAAAAAUAUACAAAAACACAGCCUUCCUUAAAGUUGAUGUGUAAUGUUAUCACUGAAUUAGUGGCUGCAUAGGAUGCUGUAAAUCUGGUUUAGCUAAGUCUGUACAUUUAGAA